GCUCAGCGGGAGUGUCCAAACACUAACUUCCAGGAAGUUUAUACAUUUUCUGAAGUUAGUUGUCAGACAGAAAUGUUGACAAAAUAAACGUCUUGAAAUAUUUCUCAUUCGCUUAUAUUCGCAAGUUAAGUUUGUCUCAUACCAAAUGGCUCGUUCAGACUUUAGCUCUGUAACAAAGCAAUCGAGGUAUCGACUUAUUAGCAUAAUUAGCCAGUCUGAGUAGCCCGGCUAGAUUCUUCACUGACAGCAGUUUCGACAUCACUGUUCUCAGUCUCAGUUUCGUUUUAUAUGUUCAGGUGGCGGAAUUUAGCGCAGGGAAAAAUCCCCAAAUCCACAUUCUCUAGCUUCGCUGUUUUAGUUACAACUUCGUGUAAAUAUAGCUUGCUGAGACCAAUGGCUCCAAAGAAAAAAACCUUGCCCUGUCCACUGCCUGAAGGUUGGAUAUUGACGGACACAGAAAAGAGAAAGUGGCGUCUCGGGAAAAUGAUUGGAAAAGGAGGCUUCGGGCUCAUUUACCUGGCUUCAGACUGUGUGGAAUUACCUGUCACAGAGGAGACUGAUUAUGUGAUUAAAGUUGAAUAUCAUGAAAAUGGACCUCUGUUCUCAGAGCUGAAGUUUUAUCAAAGAGCAGCAAAGCCUGAAUGCAUCAGCAAAUGGAAGAAAAACAAAAGGCUUGAUUUUUUGGGGAUCCCAACCUACUGGGGCUCUGGACUCUCCGAACAUAAUGGAACAAGGUACAGGUUCAUGGUGAUGGACCGCCUGGGCACUGACCUGCAGAAGUUGUUUGUAGAAAAUGCUGAACAGAUGAAGAAGCAGACAGUGUUGCAGUUGGGCUACCUCAUGGUGGACGUCCUGGAAUAUAUUCAUGACAACGAAUAUGUCCAUGCUGACAUUAAGGCUGCCAAUCUCUUACUGGGCCACAGAGACCCAGACAAUGUUUACUUGGCUGACUACGGUCUGUCAUAUAGAUACUGUCCUAAUGGAGAGCAUAAAGACUACAAAGAGAACCCAAAGAAAGGACACAAUGGCACGAUUGAGUAUACAAGCAUUGAUGCUCACAGAGGUGUAGCCUCAUCCAGACGAGGGGACCUGGAGGUGCUGGGCUACUGCCUGCUCCACUGGCAGUGUGGAACUCUCCCCUGGCUGUCAGUGCUCAGGAAUCCAGUACAGGUCCAGGAGGCCAAGGCCAAGCUCAUGGAUAACCUGCCAGACUCGGUGAUCCAGCUGUCUACCCCUGGUAACAGUUUAGCUGAGGUAUCCCAGUUCCUGCUUGCUGUGAGAACACUGGGCUACAAAGAAAAACCAGACUACGAUGCUCUGAGGAAGGUACUAUCACAUGUCAGGCCCCGAGGCCCACUGGACCUCUCCAGACCGAGAGCGGCAGAGUCAUCCAGGCCAACAGCAAAAAGGAGCUCGAAUCAGGCCCAGCCUGCAGUAAGAUCAACUAAACCAAAGCCUGUGACUCAUGAUGAAGGCUACGCUAAACCUACCUACAGAACAAAAGAGAAAGUAAUGACAGAAGAACAGAAACCCUACAAGGCCAAUUCUGCAGCUGACACACGUGCGUGGUCUAGGUAUGCAGACAGUGAUGAAGACCAGGAUGACGAACAUGAACCUUUGCCGCCAAGAUUCCACCCCAAAACAAGAGAAGGCACAAAGCACAGGCAGAGACAUGAACAAUUCACUCCAGUAUUUGGAACGAGGAGAAGAGGCGAAGAUGGGCCGCAAACGUGGAAACGGCACAGUAAGCCAGAGCGUCGGGAUUUGAGCCCUGAUGCUACUGACCGCGGGAGAAGAUAUUACAACUCGUGGGAAGACUCCUGCUCAAGAAUCAGCGAAAUGGAGGACUACUGGGACAAACAAAAAUAUAACCGCUGGAAGGAAAUUGAUUAUAAUGGACAUCAGUUGAAUGCAAAUGUGUACUACAACACACAGAGCAACAGGAACGAUAGGCAGAGUUCGAAAAUUUAUGCAUGCAUCAUUACUGUUGCACUCUUCCUUUUUCUAGUUGCUUUUAUUGUCUUUUAA